AUGAGCAUUGCAUCGGACAUCGGUUCCCCGAGCCGAGAGCCCGGGUUCGAGUCGUUCCGGCGCUCGAUCUAUGAGACUCCUGACGGGAAUGGUCUGCGGUUGGUGAGAGCAGCUGCAGACACUUGCCAUCUCUCCAGGAUGCAGGCGGGCCUGGUGACCAAAAAGUACCGGGUGAUGGCCGCAGGCCUGCUCAUCAUGGCCCAGAUCACACCCAAGGGCAACCCGAACAACAUCAUCUGUGACAACCCCAUCGAGGAGACGUACGACUUCAUCAUCGCCGGCGGCGGCACGGCCGGCUCCGUGCUGUCCGCCCGACUCUCAGAGGAUGUCAACUCCCACGUGCUCCUCCUGGAAUCCGGUGGUACGGGUACGGCCUAUACUGAGUGGCCAGCCAUGACUCGCUUUGUGUACGAUACCAAAAAGUGGGACUGGAGGUACAAGAACGUGCGAGACGAGGGAUACUGCUUCGGAAUGAAGGAUAAGGUGUGUAAGCUGUCCCGUGGCCGUAUGCUGGGCGGUCAGUCGGCCUUCAAUCGUAUGAUGUACGUCCGAGGAAAUCGGAACGACUUCGACCUCUGGAAGAGGCUGGGCAACCCCGGCUGGGGCUACGGUGACGUCCUGCCGUACUUUAUCCGGGCAGAGGAUAACCUUGAUCAUCGACUGAAACACAGCCCUUACCACGGCGUCGGAGGCCCCAUGAAGGUCUCCAGCCCGGAGCGACAUCAACUGUCCGGUCUGGCGUCUCUCUGGCUGAAGGCGGCCAUCCACAACAAGUUCGAAGUCGGAGAUAUCAACGGAGACAAACAGACACGGUUCAUGCUGCACCAGACCAACACGGCCUAUGGCGAGCGUUGGUCGACCGCUCGCGCCUACCUGGCUCCUGCCUCUCACCGAACCAACCUGGACAUCCUCACCGAAGCUCACGUCACUCGUAUCAUCGUCGACCCCAAGACGCAGCGCGCCAAGGGUGUGAUCUUCUACAAGGAUAAGAAGCGCCGAGUGGCCUGGGCCAGGAAGGAGGUCAUUGUGAGCGCCGGCACGUUCAGUUCGCCGCAGCUGCUGAAGUUGUCGGGGAUUGGACCGUGUGGAGAACUGAAGAAACAUGGGAUUUAUUGUAAGAAGAACCUGCCCGGUGUGGGUGAGAACCUCCAGAGCCACUUUGGUAUCGGUGGCAUCGACUUUCUGGUGGCGAGGGACGGAAUGAAGGGACCGACCAAGGCCCUGAAAAAUCCCGUCUACAAGAAGCAGUAUAUCAACAAGAGAAUCGGUCCGCUCGCCUCUGUGAUGGGCCUGGAGGGCACCGGGUUCAUCAGCACCUCCUACAACAACAUCAGCUACGGCCAGGACUGGCCGGACGUGCAGUUCCUCUUCUUCUCACAGCACACCUCCACCGACGGAUACUACGAGGCGCUCAUCUAUGGACUGUCUUAUAAGCUCUGGCAGACAUUCUACCCGAACAAAUUCACGCCCGGCUACCGUAUUCUCCCGGUCAACCUCCGCCCGCGGAGCCGCGGAAAGGUCGCCCUCCGCUCCCGAAACCCGUGGCAGCACCCGGACAUCUUCCUGAAUCUCUUCGACGACCCACACGACCUGGCAGUUCUCCGCGAGGCCGGUCAGAAGGCCGAGGCGAUCGGUCUUUCUCUACCCUUCAUCCGCGCCGGAGCGUCGGCCGUGGGGGAAAAGAACCGGUUCUGUUAUCUCCACCCGACCGGAGGGCCCGACUGGUGGGACUGUCGGGCGCGCGUGUUCCCUGAGACGCUCUACCAGGAGACGAGCACGUGCAAGAUGGGACCGCCCAGCGACCCCAUGGCCGUGGUGGAUAACCAGCUCAGGGUGUACGGCAUCAGCGGUCUGCGCGUGGUCGACGCCUCCAUCAUGCCUACCAUCGUCUCCGGUGACGCCAGUGCCGCCACUGUGAUGAUCGCCGAACGAGCUGCAGACAUGAUCCGAGCCUUCUGGCACGGAAUCAGAAUCGGAACCCGAGAUCCCGCUGGCUUCGUCGAGGAGACUGUGAUGAACCUUAGAGGGGCGGGGAGUGAGACGAGUCCGGCGUUUGGACUGGCUGAUUUGAUUGGCGAUGGGCAGGGAAGCAGCUUUGGGACGUUGGAGGAACAGCUGCUGUCAGCGGGAGAUUUGCCGACGUCGAGUUAUUUAGACACGACAGAUGGAGUGGAGACAACGUAUGGAACGACGCAGACCACGGAAGUGGCGACUCCGGCGACUGAAGAAGCGACCACGGCAGAGAUGACGGAAGAAGCUGUCACAACUGGAGAGGCCACCACAACGCAGACAACCAGCAUGAUGCCAGAAACGACAGCAACGACGGUUACAGAGCCAGCAGAGACCGAGACCACGGAGACCACACAGCAGACCACACAGCCGGUCCCAGAGACCACGCAGACCAUCCCCGAGACCACGACGGCGGCAGUGACGGAGCCAGUUCAAACCGAGGCACCCACAAAAUCCACCAAAAUAGGAUACACCAUCCAUAUGGGAGGAUUGACCAAAAUGAGUGGCACGUUCGUGGUAAAACCGACUGCGAGUUCUGCGACCACAGAAGAAAGUAAACCAACCACCGAGAAGGCUUCUUACAGCAAAUCGGCAUCAUAUGAUGACGAAGACUCAACUACAUAUAUAGACUAUGAUAAACUCUCGGAUGCCGAAAUCUUUGGGGAGUUUCCCGAUGUGAAUGAAGGAAACUAUGGCGGUUUCCUUGGACCGAUUAAUGACUUUAGCGGAUAUACAGGAGGUUUGACGGUCCCCAAGGAAGAGUUUGAAGCAGUAUCAGAUCCCGAACUCAUUCCACAGGAAGAAUAUGGCACACCUCUGGGAGAUGUUUCGACAUCUAGUUUCAAGAUAGGCACACCAUUUGGAAGCACCGAAGGGUUCGGUUAUGAUUCCACCGUUGAACUUGGCAAAACGUCAGACUAUGAGUCAGAUAUUAGUCUAGAAGAAGGUUUGGGAGCUUCGGAAGGUCUUGGAGAAACUCCGGCCUUUGGUUCUUCACUGAGUUAUGGUGACGCACCUAAGUAUGGCUCCUCACUGGGCAGUUCAGAACCGUUUGACUUUGGUUCGUCCCUGAACCUCGGUGAAACAGUAGAGUACAGUCAGCCACUGGAGUUCGAGUACCCUCCAAAGUACGAAACAUCACAGAAGCCUGAAACGAGCUCAGCUUCACCAGCAACUGAUAAAGAUAUGAACACUGAAAAGCCCAAAGAAACCGUUCAAGAGGAGUUUGGGAUGCCUCGAGAAUCAGACAUAGUUAGUGAUUAUGGAGCCCCGCUGGAAUCAGAAAUCACGAGCGACUAUGGAACACCUUUCCAAUCGGAAAUAAUCAGAGACUAUGGAGCACCUCUGGAUUCUCAAAUCGUCACUGAUUAUGGACCUCCCAAGGAUUCAGACACAACGGAGGGCUAUGGGGUACCACGACCCUCGGAUAUAUUUGGCGACUACGGACCACCCAAAGAAUCAGAGAACCUCGGCAGCUAUGGGUCACCUUUCAAUACUGAUCAAUCCAUUGGCUUUGCGACUCCGGUGUCAUAUGAACCUGUACGAGCAAGUGGAAACACUCAGAAGAAUGCACCUGCCUCAAAUUAUCAACAACCUCUUCCGACUGCUAACACGCAAAACUUUAAUGGAUAUAGCGAUUAUUCAAUGCGCUCCGAGGCUGAAGGUGACAUUGCUUCUGAAGCUCCCUCCACCGAGGAAGAAACUACAGAGAGACCAGCGGCAGGGGCCGGGCUUCUUCAGGACAACAUCAAACGCCUGAAGGAAGAGAUGCGAAUGCUGCAAGCCUCCACAACGCGGGAAGUUAUUGCCACCGAACGACCCAAACCACGAUUCGACGCCCGUGGUGGAACCACAGGGGAACCGAGAACGUACUCGUCUGUGUACACUGACGGUUUUGGUGACGGGAUGGAAAACACGUUUGGUGGUUACAGGACCCGCCAGAUGGACGGCGGAGGGAAGAAGAGGGAGGUGGUGGACGAGUUUGUGGCAGAAGCCAGCGUUGGUCACGCCACUGUCUUCCAGAGGGUGGAAGAGUCGAAAGAUGGUUCCAAGUCGGAGGAGGAUGCAGGGAGGAAAAGUAAAACCCCAGCAAAGGAAGACGAGAAAGGUGUACUGGUGCGUAGACGCAAGAUCAUGCAAAAUAGGAAUGGGACGUCAUCGCUUAGAAGUACAGAAGAGCCACCUAAGACCCCACUUCGGAUACAACACAAUGUGAAGGCAAACACGGAGAGUGAAGUGACUCAGAACAGAGGAAAGGCGACAUUCGCUCCGCGCAGAAACGCUGGACGAGCUACACUCCAAGCGAACAAGAGUAACGAGAAUUCACGCUCAAGAGCAGUAUUUUUCCAAACCAGGACAGCCAAACCAGACCCUACAACAGCUCGGUCAACAAUACCACAUUCUCGAAGGAAUAGCGCAACGAACUCCACAACACGACAAGGUAGGACAAGAACUUGGGACAUCGCGAUAGUCACCAGGGCUCCCAAAGUGAACACGAACAAGAAUGCUCGUCAAGACAGAAGAGUUCCAAAUUCCGCGAGAAGCAGACCCAGCUCGCGUCAACAGACUGAGAAAGCAACCGAAGUGUCGAAGCUAACCUCUAAGAAGGAAAGACCGAACGCCUCGAUUGCAACAUUCGGUUCGAAACGUGUGCACGGAAUUCGUUUUGUUGUCAACGAUACAGAUGCUAAAAAUAGACGUCGCACUUCCAACUUGCCAAGAAACUCAUCGACUAGCGAUAAGGAAUCGAGUGCCAGUGCAAAAGACUGGACCAAUGCGGAUGCUAGUUCAGGCUCAUGGGGUGAGCGGAAUCAGAAAUAUUUGUGAUAAAACGUGAGUUGAAAAUAGUUAUGUGGUAUUUAGUGAAUAAGGCACGGUAUAUCACAUAUUGGCUGGAGAUGAUGAAUGCAUAUACCUUUUUUUACAAUGAAUUCGGAUCUGGUGAAGCCUGGAUGGUGAUAUUGAAGGUACUGUUGUCUCGCUGCUGUAUGCUCAAUACAUUGUUAUUUACGUCCUAAGGAGAUAAAACUAAGCGGCAUGCAGCAAUAUGUGGUAGACUGGCAACUUCUUGGCUACGUCAUUAAAUCUUUCUGAUAAAUGUCAAAUGAUGUCUCUUAGGGGAUGGCAGCUUCGUAUUUCUCUCAGGCAUUGCUAGUGCGCUCCAAGCACGAAACUUGGGGGUUAAAUUCAUCAGACGUUCCCAAUAGGUACGCGUUGGGUAGUGGGUACAUGACUACACACUGUUCUUCAAUGUACAGAAAUACUGUGACAAUGUUAAAUGUUAUAAAUAAAUGACGGUUAUGG